AUGGCGUCCUUGAAUCUUUCAAAAGAUAAAACAGAUUCUGAUUAUUCAGAUGAGCCUGCCGACAACCGUGAAGGAACCAAAUUGAUGCCUGGAGACUUCUUAUCUUCCCUUAAGGUAGUCACAUUGCAAUUUUCCUAUUUCCCUUGCCCAUCGGAGAGUCCAUCGGAGAAGUUGAACCACAACAAACUUGUUAGGGAGAAACACUCAAGAGAUAAGAAAAAAUAUACAAGGGCUGGAUUUAGGUUCAAUAUUUCCGGCAGGAUUUACAGUAACAAUCUGUAUUCCGUGCUUGCCGCUCUAUCUUCAAAUGCAUUUCGGACAGACACCGGUGGUUUCUACAAUAUCAGUACUGGCAAUGACCCUUCUAACACGGUCUAUGGCCUCUUUCUCUGUCGAGGCGAUGUCAGCACUGACGUUUGUGGACAAUGCGUAGCAAUAGCCGGCAUAAAAGUAAUUGAGGAGUGCCCGUAUCACGAGGAUGCUAUUGUUUGGUACGAGGAGUGCUUCUUACGCUUUUCUAACCAGGCAAUUUUCUCCAGGGUCGAUGUCUACGUUGUUUUUGCUAUGUACAAUGUACAAAAUGUCACUGGACGGGACCAGGAGAAGUUCGAAACAACGUUGGAAAACCUGGUGAAUGACAUUGCGGUUCAGGCUGCAAAUAGAACGGGGGCGAAAAUGUUUGCUGUUCGAGAAGGCGACUAUUCCACGGGUAACAAGAAAUUGUAUACCCUUGCGCAGUGCACACCAGAUCUAUCCGCUCUAGACUGCGAAACUUGUCUCAGCAAUGCUAUAUCAUUGCUGCCCUCGUGUUGUAAUGGCAGAGUGGGAGGUAGAGUGAUGUUACCAAGCUGUAAGGUAAGGUAUGAGGUUUACCCCUUCUACGGUAGUGUAUCCUCUGCACCACCGCCUACAUCCUCUGCACCACCGCUUCCGGCAAACUCUCCUGGUGGUCCUCCUUCUAGUUCCACUAAAGGCAAAGGGCGAAGCCUCCUACGAGCAGCUUUUCGGAUUGCUGUCCCACUAAUCAUUGUUGCAGUUAUGCUAUUUAUGAUGUCUUUUGUUUUCCUGAAAAGAAGAUUGAGGAAGAGAUAUGUUGAUGGGGCACUCGCAACAACUGAUGGAGUUGCUGAUAUCUUAACGGCCGAAUCCUUACAGUAUAGCUUGACUGAAAUUCAAAUUGCCACGAAUAACUUCUCUGUGGAUAACAAAAUUGGCGAAGGUGGAUUUGGCCGUGUAUACAAGGGCGAACUUGGUAAUGGACAAGAAGUAGCUGUUAAGAGGCUGUCAAGAAGCUCAGGGCAAGGUGCAGAAGAAUUUAAAAAUGAAAUUGUAGUAGUUGCAAAGCUUCAACAUAGAAAUCUAGUUCGACUGUUGGGAUUUUGCCUGGAAGGAGAAGAAAAGAUACUCAUCUAUGAAUUUGUUCCCAACAAAAGCCUUGACUACUUUCUCUUUGAUUCAGAAAAUAAACGAUCAUUGAAUUGGGCAAGACGUUACAAUAUCAUUGGAGGUAUAGCAAGAGGACUUCUUUAUCUGCAUGAGGAUUCUCGCCUUAGAAUUGUUCAUCGUGAUCUCAAAGCAGGCAAUAUAUUAUUGGAUGGAAAUAUGAGCCCAAAGAUAGCAGAUUUUGGCAUGGCAAGGAUUUGUGGAGUUGAUCAAUCUGAAGGAAAUACAAAUAGAAUUGCUGGGACAUUUGGUUACAUGGCUCCUGAAUACACAAGGAGGGGCCAGUUCUCGGUAAAGUCAGAUGUAUUCAGUUUUGGGGUUGUAAUUUUGGAAAUUAUCACCGGAAAAAAGAACAGCACCUUCUCGCAAUCUGAAGAUUCCGAAGACCUCGUAAGCUAUGUUUGGGAGCAUUGGAGACGUGGCGAAGCUUUAGCUCUUUUGGAUGCAAGCAUUGGAGAUUCUUAUGCCCAAAAUGAAGUCAUUCAAUGUGUCCAAGUUGGCUUACUGUGUGUUGAAGAAGAUGUCAGUAGAAGACCUAUAAUGGCUUCCGUGGUCUACAUGCUGAAUAGUAAUUCUGUUAUCCUGCCAACUCCACAUCGUCCAGCAUUCUUCCGGAGCAAUAGAUCAGAGAGCAGGGUGGAAGAGCUGGGAGUUGAUCAAUCUAAUACCGAAAGAAUUUUAACUCAAAGUUCUGUAAAUGAGGCAUCAAUUACUGAACUAUAUCCUAGAUAA